AUGUACUCGAACGUCGACAAGCUCCUGACGCGGCCGACGUCCUUCGGCAGCGAGACGGGCAGCCUCGCGGUCGGCGAGUUCGAGGCGUCGCCCGAGGUCCGCGACUUCGUGACGAGCGAGUGCAAGGUGCUCGUCGUCGGCGCGGGCGGCCUCGGCUGCGAGAUCCUCAAGGACCUGGCGCUGUCGGGCUUCGCGGACAUCCACGUCAUCGACAUGGACACCAUCGACGUGUCGAACCUGAACCGCCAGUUCCUGUUCCGCGCGAAGGACGUCGGCAGCCCCAAGGCGACGACGGCGGCGGCGUUCAUCAACGCGCGCUGCCCGAAGACGACGGUCACGGCCCACGUGGGCAAGGUCCAGGAGAAGGACGGCGACUUCUACGCGCAGUUCAACGUCGUCUGCUCGGGUCUGGACAACGUCGAGGCGCGGCGGUGGCUCAACUCCAUGCUCGUGUCCCUCGCCGAGGUCGACGACGACGGCAACGUCGUCGACCCGAGCCAGAUCAUCCCCAUGGUCGACGGCGGCACCGAGGGCUUCCGGGGCCAGGCGCGCGUCAUCAUCCCCCGGUUCACGUCCUGCUUCGAGUGCAGCCUCGACUCGUUCCCGCCGCAGAAGACCUACCCCAUGUGCACCAUCGCCGAGACGCCGCGCCUGCCGGAGCACUGCAUCUCCUACGCCCAGCUCGUCGAGUGGCCCAAGGCCUUCCCGGACAAGUCCGUCGACACGGACUCGCCCGAGGACAUGACGUGGAUCUUCCAAGUGGCCGAGGCGCGCGCGCGGAAGUUCGACAUCGAGGGCGUCACCUACAUGAAGACCAUGGGCGUCGUCAAGAACAUCAUCCCCGCCGUCGCGUCGACGAACGCCGUCGUGUCCGCGGUCUGCGUCAACGAGGUCUUCAAGCUCAUGACGCUCUGCUCGCAGAGCCUGAACACGUACAUGAUGUACAUGGGCAACCACGGCGUCUACACGCACACCUUCGAGUACAAGAAGAAGGACGACUGCCCCAUCACGUCGGCGCGCGUCCGCACGCUCGCCGUCGCGCCGACGAUGCUCCUCGGCACGCUCAUCGAGUCCAUGUGCGGCCCGGACUCGGACCUGCGCCUCAAGGCGCCGUCCCUGACGACGGCGAGCCAGUCGCUCUACAUGCGCAAGCCCAAGGCCCUCGAGGCCGCGACGCGCGCGAACCUCGGCAAGCCCCUCUCCGAGCUCGUCGCCGACGACGACGAGAUCACCGUCACCGACGCGAUCUUCCCGGGCGACGUGUCCCUCACGCUGAAGCUGUCCUUCGAGUGCGAGGAGGCCGCGUAA